AACUCUACAUAUAUCGGUACAAGCUUCGAGAAAACCAGGGUUUGUUCAUUAAUUUCUUUCCGCAUGCAUACCUAAAACCUCUUUGGAAUUGUCUCCGUUUUUCCUUUUACCCGAGAAGAGAAACGAAAUUCCCGCUUGUGUGUUUUCACGAUUGGAUCCUGCCGUGUGCUUUAAAAAAUUCUGUAUCUGCUUUUUCUUUGCAGCCAUGGCUUCUUCUGACUCUAUGGAUGAAGACGUGACAAAAUUUUAUGACAGAAAUCCCACUUCGGUGCGUAAGGCUAACACUUCUUCGAGCGCCGAAGCAUCAUCCGAUUCAGGCGAUGAUGCUGAGGAAAUCUCUCAACCGCCAUCAAACAAACAGAAGAAAAAAAUGUCGCGCGAUAGGAAAAAAAACAGUAUUUCAACCCAAUCAGAACCCUCAACAUCAAAUAAGCGCUCCAGAAAGGGUGAGGGAAAGGAGGGGGCCAAACCCUCGUCCAAGAAAGCGAAGAAACCUGCGAAGGCAGAUGAUGAGGAGAAUGCGACGGUGGUACCAGGAGGAGCUGAAAAGUCUCCUAGAAAGCGCGGCCUCGUCUGGACCGCCAAAGACGAGGUAGCAUUGCUGAAGAGGCUUGUGGCAUACUGCGAGAAAGGUAAGUUAAGGAGUCUACCAAAAAAUAUGGUAGUUUUUUAUGACAUUGUUAGGAAGGAUUUAGAUGGUCCGUACAAUAAUGAGCAACUAUAUAAGAAGUUACAGGGUUUAAAGACAAAAUUUUUGGGGGCCAGGGAUAAAAUUAAGAAUAAAGGUUUUGUGGGUUUUAAAAAUGCCCAUGAAGAAAAUGUUUAUAUGUUGUCGAAGCAAAUUUGGGGAAAUAGUGGAGAGGAGGAGGCGGGAAAUGAAAAAAUAGUUAAGGUAGGUAAUGCAAGAUUUGAGGAGAAGAGGGUUGCUGGGGAUGGAGCGGAAGAGAGAGAAGAGGUGAAAAAGAACAAAAAAGGAGACGUUGAAAUGGCUGGAGAGGAAGAGGAAGAGGAAGAGGAAGAGGAAGAGGAAAAGGAAGAGAAAGAUGGAGAUGAAGAUGGAGACGAUGACGAUGACGAAGAAGUAGAGGAGAAAGGGCGUGAUGAAGGUGAGCAAAAUGGCAAUGUGAAUGUGAAGGAGGUAGAAGCUUCGAAUGUGUCUGAAAGUGUGCGCAACAGGGUUGCAGGCAUGGAUACAGAGAAAGGUGAGGGAAAUGUGGGAGAAGAGACGGAUUCUUCUGAGGAAAAUGUUGGAGAAGAGGAUGAUUCUUCUGAGAGUGAAAAUGAAUCGAGCGGUAAGGAUAAUUCGGCACAGCGAGAUUCAAAUGCUGUAGGGAAAGGGUCCAAGUUCAAUAUUAGGGACAAUUCAGCGCAGCGUGAUCCAAAUAGUGAACUGAAACAGUCCACUGGUAGAGAGAAUCCCACACAUGUUUUGAAUGGUGCUGGUGAUAAUUCAAGGCAGAAAGUUGCCGAGGGAAUGUCUGACAAAAGGAGGGAAGCAGCUACAGGCCAUCAUGAUGCGGGGAAGAAUUUGAGUCAAUCUGUCGAGGAAGGAAAGUCUGAUGCAAGGAGGCGUCCUAGAGGGAAUUCGACACCCAAUAAUGCUUCUGGAAAGUCCAAUAGAGGUAAAAGAAUUGGAUCCACAGAACACAAUAAGGCGGGGGAGAAUUUGAUGCACAAUGUUGCUAACAGAAUGUCCAAGGAGAGCAGGAGAAUAGAAACCCCAAUUGCGAGGGAGAAUUCGACACUGCAUGUUUCUGUAGACAGGUCAAAUGAAGGUAGAAGGAUUGAGGCCACUGAUCUACCCAACAACGAAGAGAAUUUGGUGCAGCGCAUUUCUAAGGCUGUGGCAAAUGGAAGCCCCUGCAUUGCAACGGAUGAUCAACAUCUGCUGUCUGAUCAGUUGGGCAAAGAGAACUUGAGAAUAUUGAAUGAAUUCAAGAGUCAGAUGUUUAAUGAAAAUCAGGAAAGGCUUGAUAAGUGGAAGAAUGAGAUUGUGAAUAUGGUGAUGAAAGAACUUCAAGGUUCUUCAAACACUGCGAGACACACUAACCUUGAUUUCUCAAUGAUUAAGGGUUCUUCUGCAAGGGAGCUGCCAGCGCUGAGCGACGAAGAAAAUGAAAUGCUUGAUCGGAAGUGGCGAAAACAGCAGCUUGUUGAGUUGGAAGCUGCUUCCAAACAUCUAUCUUUACUGCAAGAAGAGUAUCAACUACGCUUGGCAAAGCUUCGCCUUCGCCAUAAGUAGAUUUCUGGGAUUGCUAUGUUGGAAUAUUAUAUAGUCAUAUUGCAACUGACCUAUUUUGGAUUGAAUGAUUGGUAACUCAGUAUUUCGCACAUUGGUGAUUUGCGUAACUCAUGAUGAUAGGCCUUUUUAAUUUUUAUGGUCUGGUUUUUGUAGUUGUUUUUCCUUUUAGUAGUACUUAUCAAGGGUGACAGUAAAAUUAUCGAUAAAGCCGCUGAUUAUAUUGAUAAAGUAAAAUGAUGCUCUUUUUGUAAGGUGAAAUGAGCAUCUUGUCGGACGAGAUCUAUGUCAUCAUACAUAAUUUUCUGGAACUAGCAGCUAUAAAUAUAUCUAGUAUCUUUUA